UGGCGAAGACUUCAAGGUUCACAACUUCACAUCGAUCAUACCAUCACCUUAUAUAUAUACAUCUGUCUGGCAAACGUAUUCCAAAUCUUAACGUUGUUCUUAUUUUUUCAUUCAAACAACAACACACGAUGAACAUUCUCCAACAACAACGUUGUUUCAACUUUCUUCUAACAACGUUCGUAGUAGUUUUUCUCAGCACAACACUUUCACCAGUCUCGGCUCGUUUAUUCCCCAACGCGUCCUCAAUCCCAGAGUGGAACUCCUCCCACGUGCCCCCAGCCGGCGCGUGGAACGCGUAUCUCAACUUCACCGGAUGCAGUCGGGGGAAAGCCUACGACGGCCUUUCCAAUCUCAAAAACUACUUCCAUUACUUCGGCUACAUACCCACCGCGCCGCCGUCCAACUUCACCGACGACUUCGAUGAUGAGCUCGAAGAAGCCAUCAAAACCUACCAGAAAAAUUUCAACCUCAACAUCACAGGCGAGCUGGAUGACGCUACGAUGCAGCAAAUCGUGCGCCCGAGGUGUGGCGUGGCCGAUGUGAUCAACGGUACCACGACAAUGAACUCCGGUAAGUCGAACACCACGUCCACGCCGAAGUUCCACACAGUGGCGCACUAUUCGUUCUUUGAUGGCAUGCCACGGUGGCCGGAGGGUACAGAAGAACUAACCUACGCUUUUGACCCUGACAACGGCCUUGAUGACACUGUGAAGGGCGUUUUCAGUAACGCGUUUAAGAGAUGGGCAGAGGUUACCACAAUCUCGUUCAGGGAAGCGUCGUCGUAUGCGGUUGCGGAUAUCAGGAUAGGAUUUUACAGUGGUGAACACGGGGAUGGCGAACCAUUCGACGGAGUGUUGGGGACGUUGGCGCACGCUUUCUCGCCGACGAACGGGAUGUUCCACCUCGACCAGGAGGAGGACUGGGUGGCCACCGGCGACGUCACCCAGGCCUCCGUGUCGAACGCCGUGGACCUGGAAUCCGUGGCGGUGCACGAGAUAGGCCAUUUGCUCGGCCUCGGACACUCCUCAGUCGAAGAAGCCAUCAUGUACCCUACGAUUUCGGCGAAAACGAGAAAGGUCGAACUCGCCGACGAUGAUAUUAAAGGGAUUCAAGUUCUCUACGGUUCCAAUCCUAACUACACCGGCACACCCUCUACUUCGCGCGAGAACGAUUCCAGCGACGGUGUUCCUCACGUGCAGGCCACGUGGAGCGUGCUUUUCUCCUGUAUCUUCCUCUUCCUAGGAUUUGUAUUGCUCGUGUGAUUUUUGUCAUUAGUUUUGUACAGAGGAGUGCGUUUGUUAUACGCACGGACAUACAUACGGAUACUUGUAUAGGGUUUCGUUGUCGUCCGAGUACGUACGGCAUACUUUGUACCAUGAAUCAUUCAUGAGCAUUCUUCAUUCUUUUUUUCUUUUGUUAUAAUUUAAUAAAGAAUAAUGAUAUACUGAGAGAGUUAA